AAUCGCCCCGAAUCUGACCCAUUUGGACCCUCUUCCUUUCACCGUGAGGGAGAAAGGAAGAUGGUGUUACAUUCAUAAUCCUCACAAGUUAUAGCCAUUACAGGGAGAUACUAUUUUAUGUGGAAAAGAAAUGGGUGUAUGUGCAUCAUCUCAAUUUAAAACCAUCAAUGUAAAGAAACCAAGAUAUGUUCUUACUAGAAAGAUCCAUAGGCAUGAAAAGCCGAGGAAAAGGAAAGGUGACGCAGGCAAUCGUGUCGCUGUUAGUGAAAUUGUUCACGGGACAACUACUUGUACACGGUCCAAUUCCACAAUCCAAGUUACCCAGAUGGAAUGGCACCAAAGUCAAAUUGAUUCUAAUGUGAUUUGUCAAGAAGAUUUAUGGUUUGAUUCAGUCAGCGAACUUGAAGAAUUCGAUUCUGAUGAUGAUUUUGGUAGUUCGGAUGGAGAUACACCGUCAGAAACACGAACAGAAACACGAACAUCAACGGUUAUCAAGCUUUCAUUGAAGAGAACCUCAUUGGAUGGAGAAGAAGCCAAUGAAAUCCAAUCUUCGAAAAAGUUCUUUUAUCGCCCCAGAGCAGGACUUUUGAUCCCAUGUUGUACAGAUGAGAAGCCGAUUUCUGGAUGCUGGUCUGCUAUUGACCCCUCAUGUUUCACUCUCCGAAGUGAUUCUUAUUUUAAAGAUAAGAAGAAAACCCCUGCCCCAAAUUAUAGUCCUUAUAUUCCAUUUGGCGUUGAUCUCUUCGUGUGCCCACGCAAAGUCAACCAUAUUGCUCAACAUAUCGAGCUUCCUUCUGUUAAAGGAGAUGGAAAAUUGCCAACUCUCUUCAUUGUUAAUAUUCAGUUGCCAACGUAUCCUGCCUCUAUAUUUCCUGGUGAUAGUGACGGAGAGGGUGUGAGCCUUGUUUUAUAUUUUAAACUCUCUGAAACAUUUGAGAAAGAUAUCUCUCCUCAAUUUCAGGGUUUGAUUAAGAGUUUGGUAGACAAUGAAAUGGAAAAAGUAAAGGGAUUCAGAAAAGACUUGGUUGUACCUUUUAGAGAAAGGCUAAAGAUCAUGGUUGGUGUGGUCAACCCCGAUGACCUUGUUUCUAGCAAUACCGAAAAGAAGCUUUUGUAUGCUUACAAUGAAAAACCCGUCCUUUCACGUCCUCAGCAUGAAUUUUACCAGGGUCUGAAUUACUUUGAAGUUGACCUUGACAUUCAUCGGUUUAGUUACAUAGCAAGAAAGGGAUUAGAAGCAUUUUGUGAUCGCCUUAAAAACGGGAUAUUGAACUUAGGCCUCACAAUUCAGGCUCAGAAGCAAGAAGAGUUACCAGAGAAAGUGCUAUGCUGCCUGAGAUUAAACAAGAUCGACUUUGUCAAUCAUGGUCAAAUACCAACUAUAAUGGUUAAGGAUGGAGGUUAACACUUUCUGACUAUUUGACUUUUGUUCUUCCUCUGUUACCAAUAUAAAUUAGUGAAAAGAAAAUUACAGCUUAUUUAUGUCCCUGGAUCCUGAGCAAUAUACGCAAGUGACAAGCGUAACUUUUUUUUGACCAUGUAAAUGCUGACAAGUAAAUGAAUGCCGAUUUUUAAGGAACAACAAUCUUCAAAGCGUCGAAAUUUAAGAGCUUAGUUUGGUGCAACCUGAUUCGACAUUAAUAUUUUGUAUUAAGUUUGUAAUAUUUUUUAAGUGGAGGGGCAAAUUGAAAACUUGAUAUGUAUGUGUAGAUAUCCCCUCACACUUUAGAUAUAUGUAACCUUUUGACACAUUGAAAACUUGAUAUGUAUGUGUA